AUUGGGAAGAAACAAAUGAGGAAGAAAAGUCCCAACGACUAAAAACAAGUGUUGACUAUCAGUCUUGGUCUUCUUUAGCAGCCUAAAACAGAACAUACCGUGUAAUUUGACUAGGAGAUAAACAAAUUGAAAAGGAACUCCCCGUGUUCAACUCGUACCUUUUUUAAGCUGGUUGCUCCAUGUAAAGCUAGAUAUUUUCGUUGUUAUUCAUUCUCCUGACACAAGUUUGGGGCAUUUGAACUCGGUAAGACAUCUCAUUUAAUCUAUAACUAUAAAUAAGUUGAAACUUGAGCGAUGUCUGCUCGGUCCAUCUACGACAACUGGGAGAGGCUCGUGUUGGCCACACUGCGCCGAGAACAGCUCUGGCAACUUUGCCAUGCGGACUCAACUGACCUCAGCAUUAUCUCCCUCUCCCUAACCUCAAGUUAUUGCGCCCACUCUUUCUUGCUCAACAUUAGUUCUUCCCGUUUGUACCAUGCGGUUGAGUACAACUCCCAAAAACUCGUGACUUGGUACAUGGAGGAGACGAGAGAUGAAAGCACGAUCCUGGUGAAGAGAAUGAGGGGGGACAAAAUUCUCUUACCGAUAACAUAUUUUUCGUAUGAUAUGGACGAAAAGCUCGUUGUAUACGAGUAUAACCAAACUCCGACAAGCAAGACAGCCACAAACCUAAUGAAUUGGGAGUCUCGUCUCAAGAUCGCGACCAUCGUCGCAAAAGCGAUUGCCCUUGCGCAUGCGAAACCUACAACCAGUACGCAUCCCUUGGAAGAUUUUUCCGGCUCCUUAUUAAAUGACUUGGCCUCGUCAUCGGCCCUACGCCUUGCGAUUUCUACCGGUGGGUACCGAUGCCCCGAGGCUGAGCACCACGGGAUCGUUUCGUGGGCAUCCGAUGUCUACACGUUCGGGGUUCUGCUGUUGGAGCUCCUCAUGAUACCAUCUCCCUUCAAUAUCAAGGGUAGUAGUGCCCAUCCGGAGCAGCUCGUGAAGAGGGUUUUAAGCGUGUUUCGAGACGAGGGGACUCUCAUCGUUUUCCAUUUCAUACCAACAAAUGUGGCGGGGGAGCUGAUCGAGAUGUGGAAGGUGCUGCUGCUGGCGUUGAAGUGUGUGGAGGAAGACCCGCAGAAGAGACCGGCUAUGGUAGAUGUUGUGAAGAUGUUGGAAGGUGUAAGCAAGACUGAUCGGGCUACCAAGCAUACAGCUCUCAUCAGCCUUUAAUAUUCGCUCGGGCCGUGUCGGUCAUGAAAAAUAUUAGUGACCGUAAGCCCAUAACUCUAGCUAAGAUAUGCUAUAGUACUUGAUAGAAAAAUUUGUGGUUCUAGAUCGUCAAAUAAUUGAAGGUAUUUAAUGAAAAAUUCAACAAAUUCAAAUAUUUCAUAUAUGAGAAUUUGAGAUGCAUAAUGCUGGUUGUCACAUUCUAGAUGGCUAUCUAGUAUAAAGAUUAUCCUUAUCUCCAAUCCAAC